UUAUUUAUGCUGGUACCAAGCCUUAGACACAGAGAGCAGCCAGAUAACGCUGUGCAGGGGAGAACUCCAGACAGAGGAAGACAAGGGCAGACUUAGUGCAAAAGGAACCAGCUUCAAUGAAUUCAAAGGUGCUGUGAGAGCAGCCUUUUCCACGGCAGCCGAGAGCAAAAAGGAUUUCUGUGUCUUUGUAAUACAAGUAGUGAGUAACUGAGAUUACUGCAUUUUUUUGUUAUUGUUAGCUUUUUUAAACAAAUUUUUUUUUAAAUAUUCUUUUACGUUGGGAUUGGCCAAGGAUUCUGGAACCUACCUGGACCAUCUCCAGGUCUCUGAUGAUUUAAAGGGCUCACUUACACUCUUUAGACUGGGAAAACGUAAACCUCUGCCAGCAUGGCUAUGAGAGGAUAUCCUACCUUCCCAUUGUGGCUCAGAGUCGGAGUAUGGAUCCUGGCAUGGAGCAGCCUCUGCCAAGUGUUUGCCAACGGAUGCCCGGCGUUGUGUACCUGUAGUGGAACCACAGUGGAUUGCCAUGGAUUGGGGCUUAAAAUGGUACCAAAAAACAUCCCCAGGAGCACAGAAAGACUAGAACUGAAUGGUAACAAUAUCACACGUAUCACAAAGAACGACUUCUCUGGCCUCAAGCAGCUGCGAGUCUUGCAGCUGAUGGAGAAUCAGAUUAUCAACGUGGAGCGUGGAGCUUUUGAUGACAUGAAGGAACUGGAGAGGCUACGCCUCAACCGAAACCAGCUACACACACUGCCUGAACUUCUGUUCCAGAACAACCAAGCACUCUCCAGGCUUGACCUUAGUGAAAAUGUUAUCCAGGCGAUUCCAAGGAAAACCUUCAGAGGAGCUACCGAACUUAAAAACUUACAACUGGAUAAAAAUCAGAUCAGUUGUAUUGAAGAUGGAGCUUUCCGAGCCCUUCGAGGAUUGGAGGUCUUAACCCUCAAUAACAACAACAUCACCACAAUCCCUGUCUCCAGUUUCAACCAUAUGCCCAAACUGAGGACAUUCCGCCUGCAUUCCAACAACUUGUUUUGUGACUGUCACUUGGCCUGGCUAUCUCAGUGGCUCCGCCAGCGGCCAACCAUUGGAUUAUUCACACAGUGUACCGGGCCUCUUCCCCUCCGAGGACUGAACGUGGCAGAAGUCCAGAAGCAUGAGUUUGCCUGUUCAGGGCAGGAAAAUGGCCACCAGUUUUUUGCUAUCUGCAGCCUCUCCAUUGGCUCCUGUCCAGCGAUGUGUACCUGCAGUAAUGGUAUUGUUGAUUGCAGAGGAAAAGGUCUUACAGCGAUACCAGCAAACCUGCCGGAAACUAUGACUGAAAUACGCUUGGAGCAGAAUGGAAUCAAGUCUGUACCUCCUGGGGCUUUCUCUCCAUAUAAGAAACUGCGCAGGAUAGACCUCAGCAACAACCAGAUCUCGGAGAUUGCCCCCGAUGCUUUCCACGGCCUCCGCUCACUUAAUUCCCUGAUUUUGUAUGGCAACAAAAUUACAGAUCUUCCCAAAGGUGUGUUUAGCGGCCUUCAUGCAUUGCAGCUUCUACUUCUAAAUGCCAACAAAAUUAACUGCAUCCGGGCUGACACCUUCCAGGACCUGCAGAACCUCUCUCUGCUGUCACUGUAUGACAACAAGAUUCAGAGCUUAGCCAAAGGAACCUUCUCUUCUCUCCGUGCCAUCCAGACCUUGCAUUUAGCUCAAAACCCUUUCAUCUGUGACUGUAACCUGAAGUGGCUGGCAGACUUUCUGAGAACAAAUCCUAUAGAGACGAGCGGGGCCCGGUGUGCCAGCCCUCGCCGACUUGCCAACAAACGCAUUGGGCAAAUUAAAAGCAAAAAGUUCAGAUGUUCAGGAACAGAGGACUAUCAGCUGAACAGCGAGUGCAACAGCGAUGUUGUCUGUCCUCCCAAGUGCAGAUGUGAAUCAAAUGUGGUGGAUUGUUCCAACCUGAGGCUCACCAAAAUCCCAGACCGCAUCCCUCAGUCUACAGCCGAGCUGCGUCUGAACAAUAAUGAGAUCUCAGCUCUGGAAGCUACUGGUCUCUUCAAGAAACUUCCGCACCUCAAGAAGAUCAACUUGAGCAACAACAAGAUCACAGAGAUUGAGGAUGGAGGAUUUGAAGGGGCAACAUCAGUGAGCGAGUUACACCUGACAGCUAAUCACCUGGAGUCAGUGCGUAGUGCCAUGUUCCGUGGUCUGGAAGGGCUGAGGACACUGAUGCUCAGAAAUAACAGGGUCAGCUGUGUGCACAAUGACAGCUUCACCGGCCUCAGGAACGUCCGCCUCUUGUCCCUGUAUGACAAUCAGAUCAGCACAAUCACUCCUGGAGCCUUUGACACACUGCAGUCCCUCUCUACACUAAACUUGCUGGCCAAUCCUUUCAACUGCAACUGCCAGCUGGCCUGGCUUGGGGAUUGGCUGAGGAGAAGGAAGAUAGUAACAGGAAACCCUCGCUGCCAGAACCCAGACUUCCUGCGCCAAAUACCACUGCAAGAUGUGGCCUUCCCUGACUUCAGAUGUGAAGAAGGUCAGGAGGAGCUGAGCUGUGCUCCACAGCCUCUGUGUCCUCAGGAAUGCACCUGUCUGGAUACAGUCGUACGUUGCAGCAACAAACACCUAUUGUCACUGCCAAAAGGUAUCCCCAAGAACGUCACUGAACUAUACCUGGAUGGUAAUCAGUUCACAAUGGUGCCUGCCCAACUAUCUACAUUCAAAUUUUUACAGCUGGUAGACCUGAGCAAUAACAAAAUCAGCUCCCUCUGCAAUUCAUCCUUCACGAACAUGAGUCAGCUCACCACAUUGAUUCUGAGUUACAAUUCUCUGCGCUGUAUUCCUCCUCUGGCAUUUGAGGGACUGCGAUCCCUGAGGCUUCUAUCUGUCCACGGGAAUGACAUCUCCAGCCUGCCAGAAGGCAUCUUUUCUGAUGUCACCUCCCUGUCUCACCUAGCGAUUGGAGCCAACCCUCUGUACUGCGACUGCAACCUGCGCUGGCUGUCAAACUGGGUGAAGACUGGCUAUAAGGAGCCCGGCAUCGCCCGCUGUACAGGACCCGCAGAAAUGGAUGGAAAGCUGCUUCUCACUACACCAGCCAAGAAGUUUGAAUGCACAGGGCCACCAAGCCUCAGUAUCCAGGCCAAGUGUCACCCCUGUCUGUCCAGUCCUUGUCGGAACCAAGGAAUCUGUCAGAAUGACCCUGUGGAAUACUACAAAUGUAUCUGUCCGCCUGGCUUCAAGGGUAAAAACUGUGAGAUCUCCCUAAAUGCGUGUUCUAGCAACCCAUGUGAAAAUCAGGGCGUUUGUCACCCCAAAGAUAACGCUAGCGGAUUCACAUGUUCCUGUCCUGAUGGGUUUGAAGGCCCCACAUGUGCAGUAAACAGAGAUGAAUGCAAGUACAGUGACUGUGAUAAUGGCGCCACUUGUGUGGAUGGAAUAAACACCUAUACUUGCCUGUGUCCAGCACAGUACACAGGGGAAUACUGUGAACAGUUGGUGGACUUUUGUUCUGCAGAGCUCAAUCCAUGUCAUCCCAAUUCCAAAUGCGUCACGACUGCAGAAGGUCCAAAAUGUGAAUGUGCACCAGGCUAUGGAGGGGAAAACUGCAGCCUCAAUCAUGACGACUGCCAGGACCACCGCUGCCAGAACAAUGCCAAGUGUGUGGAUGAGGUGAACGGCUACUCCUGUCAGUGCACAGAGGGAUACAGCGGUCAGCUCUGUGAAAUGCCAUCGCAAUCCUCCACUUUGACCAAUCCAUGUAAGUUAGCAGACUGCCAGAAUGGAGCCAACUGCAUUGACCUGGGUAACAGUGCUGUGUGUCAGUGUCUUCCUGGGUUUGGCGGAACCCGGUGUGAAAAGCUGUUGAGUGUAAACUUUGUGGACAGAGACACAUAUCUGCAAUUCACAGACCUCCAGAACUGGCCGCGGGCAAAUAUCACACUUCAGGUAUCCACAGAUGAAGACAAUGGAAUUCUGCUGUACAAUGGAGACCGCGACCACAUGGCAGUAGAAUUAUAUCAAGGUCAUGUUAGAGUGAGCUAUGACCCCGGCAGUUUCCCCAGCUCUGCCAUCUACAGUGCAGAGACGAUCAACGAUGGCCAGUUCCACACUGUAGAGCUAGUUACCUUUGACCAGAUGGUGAAUCUGUCUAUAGACGGUGGGGCGCCCAUGACAAUGGACAAUUUUGGGAAACACUAUACCCUCAAUAGUGAAACUCCGCUGUAUGUAGGAGGAAUGCCAGUAGAUGUCAACUCCGCUGCUUUCCGACUCUGGCAGAUUCUUAAUGGCACCAGCUUUCAUGGCUGCAUCCGCAACCUCUAUAUAAAUAAUGAGCUCCAGGACUUCACCAAGACUCAGAUGAAGCCUGGGGUAGUUCCGGGAUGUGAACCAUGCAAAAAACUCUACUGCCUCCAUGGUAUUUGUCUACCUAAUGCUGCCAAUGGGCCCGUGUGCCAUUGUGAGACAGGCUGGAUGGGCCCACACUGUGACCAGCAGAUCAGUAAUGCUUGCAUGGGACAUAAGUGUGUACAUGGGACUUGUAUGCCCCUGGAUGCUCUGACAUACAGCUGUGUGUGCCAGGAAGGCUACAAAGGUGCUCUGUGCAACCAGCAAGCAGAACUCUAUAAUCCCUGCAAGAACCUUCAAUGCCAGCAUGGGCGAUGCCAGAUCUCUGAUGUGGGGGAAGCCUACUGCGAAUGUGACAGUGGCUACGUAGGCGACGUCUGUGAUCAAGAGUCAGAGUGUAGAGGGGAGCCUGUCCGCGAUUACUACCAGGUGCAGAGGGGAUACGCCAUUUGCCAAACCACCCGCGUGGUGUCCUGGGUGGAGUGCCGGGGCUCGUGCCACAACCAGGGCUGCUGCACGGGGUUAAGCAUUAAGCGCAGGAAGUACACGUUCGAGUGCAGCGACGGAUCCUCUUUUGUGGAAGACGUGGAGAAGCCAAUCAAAUGCGGCUGUUCUCGGUGUAUGUAGGAUCUUGAUGGACUGGAUUAUGCUAGAUCAUACCACAUACCGGACACACAAGAAGAGAAACAAUGGACAAUUACAUGAUGUACAACUGGACUUUGCUUCCCCAUUCAGAUGUGUGAACAUCUUAAUGUCUGUGGCAUUUAAAAACACACAAAAAACAAAUUCUAUGUAUAAACAGUACCUACAACAUUGAGAGACAGGCACACAUACUGACUGGUUGUAUAGUGUUGUAAUGUUUGGGAGAGGUAUAGAAGGUAUAUAUGUAGAGGGUAAAAUGUGUAGAUAGAGAUUUUUUUAAGAAAACACAAAAUGUAUUUAUACACAAUGUGGAUAGAUUUACACGGAGUACGAAGGAAGCUUUAUAUUUUGUUUUUUUUUGGAGUUAUAGCUUUUUUUUUUUUUUGUAACCAUUGUGACAGUAUUGCAUUUUUUUUGUUGUUUUAUAUUUGUAUAGCUCAGAAUGUUCUACAAAUAUACUUUCCUGAUCUAUAACUUCUCAUGGGAAAAGAUAACGGUAUAACGUAGUUGGGGGCGCCACAUCGACUUCAUAAAGCACUUUCUUUUGUCUGUGAAAUUCAGCCGAAUAAUGUUUUUGUUUUUUUCAUUAAUUUAGAGAUUUGUGUUUAUGUAGCAUAUUAUCAGCUUUC